UGACGUCACGUCAUCGCCAUCUGACGUAGUGUGACGUCACACACGCUGGAGCCAACAUGGCGGCUGCCAUGGAGCUGAGAUGCUGGGGCGGCGACUGGGGUCUGCCGUCUGUCCACAACGAGUCCCUCGUAGUCCUGGCCUACGCUAAGUUUUCUGGGGCUAAAGUCAACGUUUCUCCUAUAGACUGGACAUGGAAAACCCUAACAGCAACAGUCCCCGAGCUGCUUUGCGGCGAUACUUCAGUAAAAGAACCUUCUCAGAUUCUUGCCUUUCUGAGGAAGCAGAGGUUUAAUGCAGACUAUGAGCUGAGCGCUAGACAAGGAGCCGACACCAUGGCGUACAUCGCUCUCCUACAAGAGAAACUACAACCUGCAUUGUUGCACACUUUCUGGUUGGACGCAGACAACUAUGCCAAUCUGACACGGCCAUGGUUUGCGUCCCGUUCGCCGUUCCCACUAAAUUUCCUUGUCCCCAGUCAUCACGCCAGCAUCGCCCUCACCCGCAUCCUGCUGACCAAAGGAGACUCACCACAACGAAGAAUUACUGAAGUGGAAGGAAAGCUCUACAGCGACGCCAAGGAAUGCCUCAAUCUCCUCUCCUACAGACUGGGCACAGCAAACUACUUCUUUGGCAACUUGCCCACCAGCCUGGAUGCUUUUGUCUUUGGGUUUGUGGCUCCACUCCACAAGGCCCACCUCCCCAACAGCCCCCUGCAAAGUCACCUCCGGCAGCUGGAGAACCUCAUGCACUUCUGCGACAACAUCCUGUCCGUCUAUUUCAACCCGGCCAACCCUUGUCUUCCCCCAUCUGUUCAGGAAACAAUGGAUGCCAACCUCCAGAAACUAACUCAGCUUGUAAACAAAGAGUCCAACUUGAUAGAAAAGAUGGAUGACAACCUGCGCAGCAGCCCUCAGCACAAACCUCACCGGCCAGAGCCCAAGCCCAGUCCGAUCAUGGAAAAAAGAUCGACACCUGCAUAACCCCUGACCUCUGACACCCCCCUCCCGUACCCCAAUAAACCUGCCUUAUGAACAAAGAAGCGAAGCCCGCCUCGGGAGAUGCAAAGGUACUACUCCCAAUCCAACUUAAUGACCGCCAUCAACGCGAGGCACCACGUUACUGUCCAAAAUGAGAAGCCCCGUUUGAAGGUAAUGAUGAUGGCUUUCAAAGAUGUCAAUUUGGAAAAAGAGCGCGGCGUGAGCUCCCUUUUUAAAAGGCUGCACGCACGAUGGCGGUUAAUGAUGGAAUGGAAUUAUUAUGAACGAAUGCUCAAAGAGAAAGACAGAGAAUGUUGAGAAGGAAAUGAAAAGUGCUGCAAGGGAGAGAAAGUGGUGCUACUUGAGAGUUUUUAGUUUAGCUCCUUCUUUUUCAAAAGGGAAUAUCACCCCUUUCCUUUCCUUGACCUUACACUAAAACUUCACCUGGCGUUGCACAAAGGCUUUAGUUGUUUAGAAAUGUAUUACACUAUUAUUUAUUUGUAACUGAAGUUAUGCAUGCAACCCUGUUGAAAAGCUUGUACAGUUGUAAAUAGAGUAUUUAGAGUAUAUGAAUAAUGCUAUGUGCUCAUAAAGGGCUCAAGAGAGCGUUUGCUUGCUACACUGUGGGGAUAAAAAGGGCCUUCCUUAUUCACUGUAUAAACGUAUCACUGUAUACAUGAGUGCGUGCGUGUGUAGGGUUGCACAAUUAAUCAAAUUUUAAUGCCACGAUUAAAUGAGGUCGAUCGUCGCAGGGUUAACAUUUAAAAAGCAGGGCACUUUCGCAGCUGCGGAGGCAGAUAAGCAACAGCCUCUCGUCUUGAAGACCCAUCAUUCGUCAAGUAACAAAAUAUUUGAUGCUUAGGUAUUAACCUGCAAAAUUAGCAAUAAAGCUAGCAUGCUAAUUUUACAAUGCUAACGAUUGUGUUGCUGGCCGUUAAAAAAUUAGCUACAGCCCGCACUUUGGACAACACUGUACAAGAGUCUAACUCGACAUGCGUUAAAGACCGCACUGCUGUUAUUAGACGACGACAGGUGUGGACGCUUGGAGUUGCGCGAGCAGGACUAAUGUGCUAUAUGAGUCUGGUGACACUUCUCUGUCGAGUGCAAACACCGGCCAGACGUGCUCCUUUUUGGAAUUCAUGCACGCCCUGCAUCUGCACAUGUGUAUGAAUCUAGGGAAUGCGGAGAUGUAAUAUUGCGCAUUGAAGAACUCUUUCAGAACUACAAUCAACACACUAUAUAACGUUAUGUUUUUAUAUAUUGUCAUAUAAUUUACCUGUUUCACACUGCAAACAAUCAAAUGUAUGAUUAGGUCAACAAGGUUGUCCAAUAAGUACAAUUACUUUUUUAUGGCUUUGGAAAAAAAACCAUCAUAAAUGUGUAAUAGUAAGUACUGUAAGGGAAUCAUGUAAUGAGAAAAAGAUUAAAUAUUGAUACUAAUUAUGAAAAAAAACAACUAAUAUUUGUCUUUAGGUUAAUGGAUGCUGUUUAUUUAGCAUUUUGAUUAGACUAGUUCAUCACAAAUGACACGACUUCACGUCCACACUCUUAAUAAUCCGGAUUUUGAUAUUGCUAGAAAUAACUGAUUAUUGCAGCCGUGUGUGUGCGUGCGUGCGUGCGUGCGUGCGUGCUUAAUUACCUCCUCAUGACCUAUAAGCCUGUGUCUUUACGCGUGUCAUCAUUGUUAGUGUUUUGCCAUGCCUGCAAUAGUCUCCUGUCUUUUAUUUUACUCUACUUUGUAUUUCAUAUUUAAUUGUUAACAUGGGUAUUGGAACUUAUGGCAAUGUCACAACCUUUCUGUUUCUGUCUGUGUGCAGUAAUAUAUUUAACUUUCACCAGAGAUACAUUCCAUUCUUUCAAAGCAACAUAUUGUAAAACACACACACACACACACACACAUUAAUAUAUAUAUAUAUAU